CCAAGAACAAAAUGCGGUCAUAGCUAGUGUUGCACACAGGAUGUUGCUUCUUUUGGUUCUGGCGCUCGCUGUAUGCACGACCAGCGCUUGGCAAAGCGAUUUAGGAGUCGUGAAGCUACCCCCUUUGUAUGCCAAGGCGCCUCUAGAUAAGGAUGCGAAGCUGCAAGGAGAAGCGACUGUGACGCUGCACAUAUGGGCGCGCCGUGUGGGUGGCCCGGAUGUUAAGUACGCGAUGCCGCAUCAAAAGAAGACUUACCUAAGGGCUUUUAUUUGGGUGGACUACACGGGCGAUCUCAACCUACGCGCCUACGGGCACCUGCGGCUGCCGGUGGACCAGUACGCCUGGCAGCCGCGCCUGGUGCUGGAGCCGCCGGACCCGGCCCUGGCGCCCAUCAACGCGACGGUGGAGCCGCCGGUGGAGGCGCUGCGCUUCAUGGGCGGCCACUUCCUGCGGCCCUUCGCGAUGCGCUUCGAGUUGCCGGCGGACUUGGAGGGGGCCACGUGCUUCAAGCUUUUCGAGACGAGCUACCCGGGACACAAGGCGCCCUUCUGCGUGCCGCUGGAGGGCAUGGCGGCCACACUGGACGCGGCGGCUCGUGGAGGCGAGUCUGCGGACGACGGCGACGCUGCCGCCAUCACCACCGUGUGCGACCAGCUGGCGCCGCCGGACCAGUACACGGACAAGAAGCCGGCGCUGUGGGCGGCCAUUGGGCCACCGCGGCACGCCAAGAGCACGCGGGAGUGGAACCGGUACUACAGCCAGAUCGCCAUUCGUACGGUGCACUACCUGGCGUACCACGUGGCGAUGGGGAUGUCGGGGCUGCUGCUGUACACGGACGCGGUGCAGCGGCACUACCUGCGGAAACAGCUGGUUCUACAGCCCUACCUCAGAGCGGGGCACCUCAGGCUGGUGGACUGGGACCUGCCGGAGCGCAACCACGCAGACGACGGGCGGGGGAGACCGCUCGGGUACAACUAUGACCAGGCGCUGUUCGCAACGCACGCUCUUCUAGGGCUGUCCGCCUGCGGCUCCAACAUUGCGCUGCUUAUUAGCGACUACGACGAGUACCUGUUCUCCUUCCAGGCCGGCACGCGCUGGCCGGCGCCCUACGGCGACUGCAUGCCCACCACGGCGUCCAGGCCGGCGCCCAACACCCCUGUGGCCAUUCACACGCUGCAGCGCGUGGAGCUGCUGAGCAGCCGCGUGCCGCCGGCGCUGGAGCCCCGCGUGUGGGCGGUGGUGCCGGUGUCGGUGCGGCGCGCCUUUGCGGCGGACACCGGCGACCCCACGGCAGGGCUGCACCCGCUGGCCGUAUACAACCGGCGGGGGCCCAAGCCCAUGACGCACAACCGGCACAACAAACCCAUUGUCUUCCCAUCUGCCGAGGUGGUGUCGUUCUUCGUGCACGAGGGCGCCCCGCUGCACGGCACCUCGGCCCUGGUGGACAAGGAGUGCCUCAUCCUGCUGCAUGUGUCCAACUACUGGAUCGCGCGGUCCGACACCGGCAUCUACCGCCGCCUCAACGUCACCGACUUCGUUGAGUUCCAGCACUGGAUGUUUGACACCGCGGCCCGGGGCGCUGCCGCGGGGAUAACAUACCUGACGUAAGGCGGCGCGGGGCGUCAGCCGGCCGUGUGCAAGCUGUGGCUGGCGGCGAGCUGCUGGCGGACAUCACGGUGCUGCGGCGGCGGGCCACGAUCCUGCUGGGCAACAACCAGGGCGCAGAGGCGCUCCUUCGCAAUCCCAUGCACUCGAAGCAGUCCCAGGCGCAGACCAAACACAUGGUCGCUUUGUGUGAGAACGCGGCAGUUGCGAGGAGCCUCAGAUGCCCUCGCCUCGGGUGCCCCAGCCGGCAGGACAGUGACAGGCCGCUGGCGAGGGUAGGCUGCAUCAGUCAGGGCACUGGGCAUGGCAUUGCGAGGCUAUAUGCGUACCGUGUAUGGAUGGGGCGAUGAGUGACUACAGUGCGCUUGCACUCGUGUGUGUUGUGUUUUGUAUAGGGGCAUCAAACGAUUGGAGUAAAGCGGGCGUUUCGCCAUGAGAAGUCACCAUGGUGGCUUCAUAACGUACACGGGGUUCACAUGCCCGAGCCCAACGGCCUGAGGCGGGGGGCAUGCACGGCAUGGAAUGGCAGCGGAACGUCCUGGUCGUGCAGGGGGUUGGCGCGGGUGGCUGAAACGGCGGCGUUUGUGCUUUUCCGCAGCACUUGCCAGGCAUCGCAAGGCCGCUGCGGGUUGACGUGUACAAGGAUGCACGCGGUGUGUGGGGAUUCAGCAGGUCAACUCGGAAUUCAAGCAGGUGGCGGCAUGCGGCACGGGGACUAGACCCGUGGAGAAGCUAAAUGGCAGGUGGCAGGUGGCGAUGACAGCAGGCCCUACAUUGCGACUUUUGCCCUGGCUCAUCUCGUGGGAUUUGUGGGCCGGGAUUGCAACCAUCACACUCGGGA